AGACUAUUGAAACAGUUCAGGUAAUAUGUCAAACGAUUGCAUACAUGGCUAUUGAUAUUUAACAGAUGACAAGGUGAAAACAGGUAUGCCGAAUAGACUUGCUUUAGGAAAACUGGUAAAACACUAUCAUGAUGAAACUGGCACUGCUGACGGAACGGCUAAGCUUCCUGAUAAUAACUUGUGCGAAACUCCAAAAGCUACAAAUGUGUUCUUCAAACCUUCACGACCAGAACAUCCAAAAGAUAAAAGCGUAAGAAGACGGACAGCAAGAUAUUCAAAGUGCCAUUUGAUGCCCUUGUUUAAUCCAAAACAAGAUAAAAUUUACGGAUGGAAACAUGGGGAACCCGGUGCACAAGCGGCGCACUUUGCAAAUGUUUCAGAAUGCAAGACAUUUUCUCAGACAUGUCAAGAUCCAAUGCAGACUGGCAACCCAGAAGCACACAAAGCUCUGUCAAACACGCUAUCGUCAAAACCAAUGACAAAGGAGAUGAACUACCCAAGUGUUGCAAAGUGUCAUUCCGAGACUACACUUAGCGACAUCUUCGAUAUUUCUUGCUGCCUGAAAAACAAUUCUGACGAGCGGUCCUUGUCUUCUCCGCCACAUGGAAGGGAUCAUCGGUUGACAUCCAAUGAAAACAAACAUUAAAAUGCACACCGCUGAUAACAUGUUUGACUAACUUCCAACUAAUGAGAGUGGAAACUCCAUCUAAAACUUCAUCUAAAACAAAUAUAAAUCUUUUCCAAUUACAAUUAUUGUUAGCAACUAAUCAGGUUACAAUGUAGAACACAAUAAUUUUAACCAUAAUCAUUAACCAUUACAGUUAAAAGUGUCCCGUAU